GUCAGGCAUCCCCGCAUCCCGGGGAGCCCGGGCAGCCCCGCCCGCCGCAGAGCCCCUCGGAGCGGGGCAGUGACGGGUCCCGGGGCCGGAGUCUGCGCCACGGAGCGAGCCCGGGGCUGCCCGGCCCCCCCCGCCGCCGGGCCCCAUGGCCCCCUGAGCCCCCCGCGGGGAGCCCUGCCCGGAGCGCAGCGCGGCGCGGCGCGGAGCCGUGCGCCCCCGCUGCGCGCCCCGUGCGCCCCCGCUGCGCGCCCCGGCCGGCCGGGCAUGAAGCCGCUGGAGAAAUUCCUGAAGAAGCAGGGCUCGCACCUGGCGGGCCGGGCCGGGCCCGGGCCCGGGCCCGGGGGGCUGCAGCGCCGCCAGAGCGUCUCCCGCCUGCUGCUGCCCGGCUUCCUCCGGGAGCCCGCCGAGGAGCCCGAGCGGGGCAUGGAGCCGGCCCAGCCCGGCGGCGACGGGCGCUGGCUGGAGCUGCGGCCCCCGGACGCCGCGCUCCGGUCCCCCUCGUCCUUCUCCUCCGAGGAGCUGUCCCCCGGCGGCGGGGAGCCGCCGCUGAGCCCCGACCCCGCCGCCACCUGCUGCUGGCCCCCGGGGCCGCCCGACAGCCCCGAGCGCCUGCUGGGGGCGCUGCUGGACCGGCUCGGGGGGGGCCCGACCUCGCACGGCCAGGGCUGCGGCGCAGACGUGCUAUUGGACGACAUCAUCCUCACUCACUCGCUCUUCCUGCCGACCGAGCACCUGCUGCAGCAGCUGCACCAGCGCUUCCUGCUGGCGUCGGGGGGCCCUUCGCCCGGCUGGGAGGAGAGCGACGCGCUCCCGAGGAAGCGGGCCGUGCUGACCGUGCUGCUGCACUUCCUGGAGACCUACAAGGGCAUCCUGCAGGAGGAGGAGAGCGCUGGGAAAGUCAUCAAGGAUCUCUACCUGCUGAUCAUGAAAGACGCCUCCCUCUACCCAGAGCUGGAAGACGAGAUCCUGAGACUGCACCAGCUGGUGGAGACAGUGGAGCUCAAGGUGCCCAAGGAGACCCCACCACCCAGCAAGCAGGUCAAGCCACUUUUCCGGCACUUCCGGCGCAUCGACUCCUGCCUCCAGACCCGGGUGGCCUUCCGGGGCUCAGAUGAGAUCUUCUGCCGCGUGUACAUGCCCGACCACUCCUACGUCACCAUCCGCAGCCGCCUCUCGGCCUCGGUGCAGGACAUCCUGGCCGCGGUGACGGAGAAGCUGCAGUACUCGGAGGAGCAGAGCACCCGGGAGGAAGCCCUCGCCCUGGUGGCGGUGGCGUCGUCUGGAGAGAAGGCCGUGCUGCAGCCCAGCGAGGAGUGCGUCUUCACCACGCUGGGCAUCAACAGCCACCUCUUCGCCUGCGCGAAGGACGCCAUUGAGUCGCUGGUCCCGCUCCCCGAGGAGAUCCAGGUCUCGCCGGGCGACACCGAAAUCCACCACGUGGAGGCUGAGGAAAUAGCCAAUCACAUGACGGCCUUUCACUGGGAACUCUUCCGCUGCAUCCACGAGCUGGAGUUUGUGGACUACGUUUUCCACGGGGAGCGGGGCCGGCGGGAGACGGCCAACCUGGAGCUGCUGCUACAGCGCUGCAGCGAGGUGCAGCACUGGGUGGCCACGGAGAUGCUGCUGUGCGAGUCGCUGGGGAAGCGCGCCCACCUGCUCAAGAAGUUCAUCAAGAUCGCAGCCAUCUGCAAGCAGAACCAGGACAUGCUGUCCUUCUAUGCCGUGGUGAUGGGGCUGGACAACGCGGCCGUCAGCCGGUUACGGCUCACCUGGGAGAAGCUUCCGGGCAAGUUUAAGAACCUGUUCCGGAAGUUUGAGACUCUGACGGACCCCUGCCGGAAUCACAAAACCUACCGGGAAGUCCUCUCCAAGAUGAACCCGCCCCUCAUCCCCUUCGUGCCCCUCAUCCUGAAAGACCUGACGUUUGUGCACGAGGGCAGCAAGACGCUCCUGGACGGGCUGGUGAACGUGGAGAAGCUGCACUCAAUCGCCGAAAAAGUGAGGACAAUCCGGAAGUACCGCAGCCGGCCCCUGUGCCUGGAUUUGGAGGCAUCGCCCAGCCAGCUGCAGACCAAGGCCUACGUGCGCCAGUUCCAGGUGAUCGACAAUCAGAACCUGCUCUUCGAGCUCUCCUACAAGCUGGAGGCGAGCAGCCAGUGACAGCCGGGGGGCGCUGGAUCCGUCACACUACAGCACUUUGGCUGGCCCCGGCCCCGGCUCGCCGGACGCCCCUGUGCUUGGGGAGACACGGGGCCUGGUGCCGCGGCACUUUGUGGUUUACAGAGUCAGCUGGACUUUAAACACGCGGCCCUUCCCCAUCGGGGUCGGGGGCGACCCCUGCUGCGCAGACGGGGUGGGCCAGGACCGGCUUUCGGUCUAGCUUUAAACUCCGGCCCAGCUGGGCCAGGCGCCCAGGGCACUGUCUGGGGGACCAGGGCAUGGGCAGGAAAUACUGUCCCCUCUGCCGGGUGCCAGUGGGGUGGGUCGGAGCCAGGUGCGGUGAGGGGCUGCAUGUGGUGUGGGGAUCAGCAUUCCCCUUGGCAAACAAAGGGGACCUGUGCCCCCCGGGUCCCAGAUCCCUCUCGCCCCAUUCCUGUUCUCUCUUCUCGGCUUCAACCCUCCUGCUUCUCCCACCCGUGUGUGUUUCCCUCCUUUCCUCCAUCCCCCAGCCAGAGCAGCUGUGAUUCCAAACCCCCCCCCCCCCCCCCCGGCUCUCAGGGGGACAGGGCACUGGGACCCUGCGCCCCUUACUGGGUGGCUCUGAGUGCAUGUCAGAAUGCAAAGGGCCCCCCUAAGGGGAAGCAGCAUUGGGGUGCUGGGGAGAAGCCCUGGCUCCAGUGCUUCUGUCCCCCAGAGUUGGUCCUGCUGAAGGCACCGUACUUCCCUGUAGUUUCAGAGCUAUGGGUUCCCCCCCCCGCCAGUUUCAAAGCUAUGGGUUUCCCCACCUGCUCGCCCACCUAGGGUGACUUGGUCCCUAGGAGUUUGGCUGCAGUAACUGACACAGGUGGGGUUUGAACCUGUGACCUACGGAGUGGAAAGCAGGAGGCACUGGAGCUAGAGCCCUAAAUCCAUUCAACAGCCUCCUGAACCUCCUACAUGGGUCAGCAGGGGGAGGGGAGGCAGAGCCCCCCAUGGGGGUUAUGUGGCCCUCAUAGCGCUCUGGGGCUGGGUUUCUUUCCCCAUUAGACUCCCUUUGCCCCUCAGCUUCUCCCCCAUCUCUGCCCCUCGCUUACCUAUGCCAAGGGCAGGGGCCCCAGUCUGCCUGGGCCAGUGCUAAGGGCAGUUGUGUAACCCCAUUGCCUUUAAACCCUGCCUGUCCGUUCCACGGAUCUGCUCGUGCCCUGAAGCAUGGCCCUGCCCCGGCCCCCAGACACCCUCCACUGCUACAGCAGAGACUCUUCACCUGGGAUGAAGCCAACCCCCCACCCCAUCAUGCCCCUUGGCGGGAUGGGAGCCACUCCCUACAGCCAGUUGCAUCCGGCCACAAGGAGCCCCAUGGCAGUAUGCUGAGAGGAGAGCAGCCCUGUGGGAGUGGGGGUCAAGUGUGGGGUGAGCUGGCUGCGAGGGGCCCCAGAACCACCGGUGGGCGGGGGAGCCCCAGAACUGUGUUCCCUGCAAUUCUAUUUUUGUACCUGUCCUUUUUGUCGCGCUGUAAACUCCGCACGGAGGUUCUCUUUAUAUAUAUUCAGGGUCUUUCUGUUUCUGUCACUGCUGAGGGUCUCGCCUGCGGCCUGGGCGGCUCCCUAGCCUAACACGAGAAUGUGUAUAUUUUGUACCAAAAUGCUCUCAAUUGUAAAUUUAUUUUUUAAAAGAAAACGGCAGCUCCUUGUGUGCUACGGUGCUUUGUCCAGAGACUUUUCUACAGGCGGCUGCGGGGUUGCAGCCCGUUGCCGCGUGAGCUGGAAUGGAAAGAUGCACCGUGCAGUUUGGCGGAGGCUGGUUGGGUUCUGGGUCUAUGAUUCUCUGACUGUGCUCCAGAAGCACUGGGGUGGGAGGAAGACUUCGAAACAGAACUGGCAAUAAACAGAACUGUCUAUUGA